UUUUCAGAUGAAAUACUAAAUAUGUCUCUUCUUUUCUGUGUUUGGGCGGACCAGGAGGAUCAGGAUAAGGACAAGGACAAGGACAAGGACAAGGACAAGGACAAGGACAAGGAAAAGGAAAAGGACCAGGGCAAGGACGAGGGUCAAGACACGAAAAAGGACGAUUACCACGAGCAAGCUGAGGAUCAGCCCCCGAAUGAAUUCCAAGAUAAAGAUAAGUCUCAAGACCAAGUUCAGGAUCUGUGUCAGGACCAAGACAAUAACCUUGAUCUGGACCAAGGUCAAGAGCAGGAUGAUAAUCUGAGUCAGGCCGAGUAUCAGGACCUAGAACUAGACUUUAAUCGGAUUCAGGGCCAAAAUCAAGAUAAAGAUCUGAUUGAGAGCCAAGAUCAUAAUCUUGAUCUAAAUCCUGGCCAGGUUCAAGACCAAGAUUUUAAUCAAGGUUAUGAUCAAGAUCAAGAGAAAGAAAAGAACCAACAUGAAGAAAAUAAUCUGAUAGAAGUCACGGACAAUCCUAAAACUACUUUGGAGAAAGAAGAAGACAAAAACCUGAAAGAUGAUCUUACGAAGAAAAAUACUCCAAAUGCCACCAUGAACCCUACACUGAAAAGCAUUCCACUACCACACAGAACAAAACCUCUGAUAGGUCCUAGAAGUGCAAUUAAACGAAUAAAGGACUUGGAAGCGGAGAAAGAACGGGAAUACAUCAAGGAGCAUGGACCAAUCUUAUUCAAUACUCUCAGGGACCCUGAUUUAGUAUCGGAUAACGAGGAUGGAAAAGAUGAUAAGGAUUGUCCAAAAUAUUUUUAUUUCUCCGGUAUACAGGAAUACUCUGACAGUGAAUCUCCUAGUUCUUCAGAGGAAGGAGACACCGAGAUGGAUGAAGAGGAACCGAAGGAGGAAGAAAAAGCGUCUGAGAAGCUAGAAGAGAAACCAUCCUUAAUCCCUGAACCUGUAUUAACCAGAAGAAAACCUUCAGAACGAAAAAUAAAAAUUCCUUGUCGUCUUGUUGCAGAUGACAAUUCUCAUACAGUGAAAGCAAAAUCGAUUUGUGAAAAUGAAAAUGAAAAUGAAAAUGAUAUUGAGAACACUCAGGAAACUCGAGAUACUCAAGAUUUAAACGAUAUUCUUCCAGCUUUAGGACUUAGACCUAAACAACAGUCAGUGUUACCAAAAAAAAUAAAGAACACACCCGUUGCAAAGAGACUUUCUAAAAAGAAAUCCCGAGGGAACGGUUCCAAAAGAAGUGUUAAAUCUAGUGAAAGCGAGCAGUGUUCCUCCAAUAGUUCUAGACGAAAUUCUGGCGAAGGAACUCAAUUUCAAACCUGUUCACCGAAUUUCGGAUCUAUUAAUCAUGGAAAUACAUCCAGACCUUCCUCUUCCUUAGAUGCAGAUCCAGUCUCAGGACCCCCACAUAGAAGAGUAACCUUGAACCGCAGAGCCAAACCUCACACUUUCAGUCAAAUUUACGACAUGGAUCCCGAGUCUCCGUUCCUAUACACCUCUGAGAGAAGGAAGGGUCCUCAGGUCAGCAUGGAGAUGGAUGAGGAUGAUGAUUAUUCUCCAGGUGCUCAGGAGGACCUAGAGAGCGAAGAAGAAGUUGUAAAGAAGAAGGACCUAGCUGUGAAGAUUAAGAUCGAACCGAACGAUGAAAAUGAUUUUGAUGCAAAACCCUCGAAAAAAAGAAAGUCCGCUCCUGCUAAGGAAACCUUUGGGUUCGGUAUUUCUCUGGGUAGUGUGUUCAGCCUGGCGGAGAACUCGGUUCGAACCAGGAACAUGUCGGCGGCUGAGCCGGUUAUUAUCAAAACCGAGACGGAAGAUGAUUGGGUGGAACCUCUGUUUAUGGACUACCCUGAUACAUUCGAGAUGGACCCGUUAGGAGAUCCUCUGGAAUUGAGACCUAAACCUGCGAAGAUUAAGAAACUCUUUGUUUGGCCCAAAUUAGAUCCAUUGUUCCGAACCAGCCUUGAGUACCGUUUACCAAAAGAAUUUGACGUUUACAUAAAAGCCCUGGCUAAACCCACUGCGGAGAUAUCGCCUAUCCCUAAAAGUAUUUCCGGAAGUCUAGAAUAUGAUUUUUCCAAAUUUCCUCUGAGAUUUAGCAAUUCUUCCAUCUCAAUUUCCAGAACAUCGGAGCAGCCUCGACAGCUGUUUAAACCCAGCAGUACGGAGAUUAAAAAACCCUCGGAACCGGAACCCAGCAAUGGGUUGAGACGCUCCGGUAGGAAGAGAAAGGGGAAAUACGAACUGAGGAAAAUUCUUGGAGAUUCUCCGACCCAACUCUAUGCUGAGGAACUGGUAGGAACUAGUUCUCCAAGUAUAGCAUCAUCUACGAAAACUUCUCCAAUAUUGAGUUCACUAUCUGAGACUAUAUCUAGGAUAUCCGGUUCUACCUCUGUUACUAUAACUCCAAUCAGAGAAAAUGUAUCCAGUCAACGGAUCCCACUAACAAAGGAAAACGUAUCCAGUCAACGGAUUACACUAACAAAGGAAAAGGACGUUCAUUUGAUUCCGGGGAGCCCAAUAUCUUCAUCUACUCCAAGCUCUGGUAGCCCUGUAUCCUCCGGUGGCCAGAGCUCGGGAGGUGUGAGCUGCUUGAAGCUGAAGAAUGUCCCCUGGCUGCCGGCCAACUGGAAAUCUGUGAUGACGUCCUUGCGAAACCUACAGGGGAAGCUCACGACCAACAUCACCUUCAUUUCCCCCGAGGGGGUCAAGUUCUUCUCCAAGCAGGCCGUGAUGAAGUAUAUUCAGAAGCAGGAGAAGAAAUCUAAGAGUGAACCCCACCCAGUUGCUAUAAAUACAAAUGAUAUAACAAAGUUUGUCCGAUCAUCGAGAAGAAACAGCAAGAUUCAACCUCCCAGUUCUCCUUCUAAGUCAUCUUCUUCCUCUAAGAGCAUUACUCCAAGGAGAAAAUCUCCGGAGAAACCGUCUCCGGGCCGCGCAGUUCCUAUGUCUUCUCCGGAGAAACCUGACAACUACAGUAUUUUAUGCAAACCAGGAAAAUAUACCUGUCCUCUCUGCUACACAGUGUUUAGAUUAAACCAAACCUACGGCAGGCAUAUCAUGGAGAAGGAUUGUAAGUUGAUCGAUAAGUCUAACUCUACGAGGAGCAAGGGUCAGAGGAUGUUAAACACUGAUGAAAAGAAUGAUGAAGAUGAUGAUGACCUCCAGGUUCUAAAGGAGAAUAUAAACCGGGUCCCGCCGCACUACAUCGCUGUCAUUAAGUGCACGGCGGCGGAGGAUUCCUUUGUAGAGUCUAGCCGUGUGGCGGGGCUCAAGUAUCUAGCUCGAGGUGAACUACAGGAUGGUGGGCUCCAACAUCAUCCUAUAUCUAUUCAGGAGGGUCUAGAGUAUUAUCACACUAUUGCUUGGAAGGAAAACAAUGAUAAUUCAUUCUUCAACAAUCUCUGUAUGCAAAGCAAGAUCUCCAUGUGCAGCAAUGUCAAGUCCUACGAGAACCUCUGCAAGGAACCGCUCAAGGUUGCUCUCUAUUUGGAGAGAAAGAUACGCGCUUGCCGUCAAUCCAAGGGAGCUGGAGCGCAACGAACCAAGGCCUGGGUAACAAAGUACGAAAACUUUCUUAAACUUCCGUUUCAUGAUAUUUUCCUCUCUCUCCUGGCCUCCAGACACAAGGUUAUUGAGUACUUCUCUGAGGAUAGAGUACACGUGAUGUGUUUAAACUGUCCGGAGGAGAAGUGUCCUGGUUGUGUUCUACCAGCUCCUGCAGUACCUAGACCACUUGGAAGCAAGAUCAGAAUACCUAUCAGGGUCAGAACUAAACAAGGUUAUUCGAUUUCUAUCCAACCUAAUGUAAAACGAGCCUCUAGACCCACGAAGCUAACUAAAUGUGGUUCCUGUGAUGGGUGCAAGCGACCUAACUGUGGCAAAUGUGGAAACUGUGCCGACAUGAAGAAGUUCGGAGGUCCUGGGAUUAUAAAAAAAUCUUGCCUUUUCCGUAAAUGUUCAAGCACGCAAUUGAGUCAGACUCAGAUUAACCGUGGAUUGAGCGAGAAGAUAGUUUUCACGAAUAAGAAUGAUCUUGUCUCUGGUUUAUUUAACCCCAGAUCUUCAAGCGUAAACCAACGCAAACCUGACGGAAGAGUUUUCUCUAAAACAUCUCCAGCUGCUUUUCCCGUACCUCUUCCUUCAACCCUUGUCAAGGUUGGACAAGUCUCAGCUCUAGGUACAGGGUCUAGAUCUACUCCGGGUCUAGGCGAUAGAUCCACCUAUAGAGGAACUAUGUAUCCCUGCACGGUCUGCAGAAAACCGUUUAAGACCCGGAUAGAGAUGAUUGCACACAGAUCUGAAACUCAUGCUAAACUCAAGAAGUCUGCUCCGAACGAAGAUUCUGCUCCUACUCAAAGCUCUGGGUCCCCAGGAGAACCUAGAAAGUCUCCGAGGGCUAAACCAGAGAAACCUAAACCUGAACUCGUGGAUGAAGAUGAUCUCUUCGAAAGAGAUUUACGAGCUGCUAUAACACAAUCUCAGCGGGAGUCAAUGAAGGCACAACCUGGAGAAAGUUCUUCCACUUCAGACCUAUUUGAUGUUUUACUAUAACUCUAAGUUAAAAUUUACAUGUAAUAUGAGAAAACUGCCAGAGAUUUUGCUGUAGAAAUAUUUAUAAUUCUGUCAAAUGUGUUGACUUUUGCAUUUGUCAGAAUAUUAAGAUAUUUUACAUCAAGUAUGAAGUCAGACAUGUGAUAGUAAAUAAAACCUUGUUUUCUA